AUGCCCCUGGCCACCUCAGCAUGCCCCUGGCCACCUCAGCAUGACCCUGGCCACCUCAGCAUGACCCUGGCCACCUCAGCAUGCCCCUGGCCACCUCAGCAUGACCCUGGCCACCUCAGCAUGACCCUGGCCACCUCAGCAUGCCCCUGGCCACCUCAGCAUGCCCCUGGCCACCUCAGCAUGCCCCUGGUCACCUCAGCAUGCCCCUGGCCACCUCAGCAUGCCCCCUGGCCACCUCAGCAUGACCCUGGCCACCUCAGCAUACCCCUGGCCACCUCAGCAUGCCCCUGGCCACCUCAGCAUGCCCCUGGCCACCUCAGCAUGUCCCUGGCCACUUCAGCAUGCUCCUGGCCACCUCAGCAUGCCCCCUGGCCACCUCAGCAUGCCCCUGGUCACCUCAGCAUGCCCCUGGCCACCUCAGCAUGCCCCUGGCCACCUCAGCAUGCCCCUGGUCACCUCAGCAUGCCCCUGGCCACCUCAGCAUGA